UAGCUUUUAGUAUUUCUGUCAAAAAGCAAAGAAAGAACCUGUGCAAAGAACGUAAAAAAUAGUUUUUAUUUUGAAGAUUUGAAUUUAAUUGAAAAUAAUGUGGUACCAAAUAUUGCCAGGUUAUUGCUUAAUUGCAACGUGCUUAGGCUUACCUGGCUGGGGACUUUAUCACCUGCAUAAUUUGGUUUUAGGAAACCACUACAGGCGUUCAAUGGUGGACAGAUGGGACCGAAUGCUGUACCAGAGAGACACACGGCUUACUGGUGAUGGUUAUAAAGUUAUUGGCCUGGAGAGUAUUCCGGACAAAUGAACAUAAUUACAUAUGUUGUUUUUAGUCUUGCUGUGUUGAAUUAAUAAAAUAUGUUUUGUAGUUUA